UUCCCUUUAUAUCACUCUCUCUCCUUCCAAUCUCUCUCCGCCUGUAACGCGUUGGUGUUAAGCUUCUUCUCUGUAGUUUCUUCCAUCUUUCUCUACCUCUCCAGCGCCCUCGCUUGUGAUUCUUCCUCAGAUCCCUCUGCGAAUCUCUCCAGAAAGGGAUCAAUAGCUGAGAAGCAGAAAUGGGGUUGACAUUCACGAAGCUUUUCAGCCGGCUUUUUGCCAAGAAGGAAAUGCGAAUUCUGAUGGUGGGUCUUGAUGCUGCUGGUAAGACUACAAUCCUGUACAAGCUCAAGCUUGGAGAGAUCGUCACUACUAUUCCAACUAUUGGUUUUAAUGUGGAGACUGUGGAAUACAAAAACAUCAGUUUCACUGUGUGGGAUGUUGGUGGUCAGGAUAAGAUUCGUCCCUUGUGGAGGCACUACUUCCAGAACACCCAGGGUCUCAUAUUCGUGGUUGACAGCAAUGACAGGGACCGUGUUGUGGAGGCAAGGGAUGAGUUGCACAGAAUGUUGAAUGAGGAUGAGCUGCGAGAUGCAGUAUUGCUUGUAUUUGCUAAUAAGCAGGAUCUUCCCAAUGCAAUGAAUGCUGCUGAAAUCACUGACAAGCUAGGGCUACACUCCCUCCGUCAGCGUCACUGGUACAUCCAGAGCACCUGUGCAACCUCUGGUGAGGGACUUUAUGAGGGCUUGGACUGGCUCUCGAAUAAUAUUGCUAACAAGGCAUAAAGGAAACAACGAGACAUUUUGUGGAAAGGCAAUUCUGGAUGCAGGGUGAAUAUUAUCUAGUGAUUUUUGUUUUUUUCUUUUAAUUUUCAUUUUCAUUUUCUUUUUUGAGAGAACUGGAUUGUGUGUACAUCCCUCUUCUUUUUGGGAUGAUCCUUGGAUUUAGGACCUGUUUAUGGUUUAUAUUGUUAGAAGAUGAGCUGGAUAUACUAUCGAGCAUUAAUCUGGAGUUGGAUGCUUUGAAUGUA